GUGUUAGAUAAACCCGGCAGGCUAACUGAAAAGGAACUUGCUGAGGCUGCCAGCAAGUGGGCUGCUGAAAAGCUGGAGAAGUCAGAUGACAGCAACUUGCCUGUGAUUUCUGAGUUCCAGGCGGGACCUACAGCACCGUUAUUCAUUGAGCAGCCAGAGGAGCCGGAGACCAAUGCAGCAGACAGCACAGAAUUGUUUGAAGACAGUCAGCUCAGCAGUCGCUGUAAAGCAAUAGCAUCGAAAACCAAAGAGAUCGAACAGGUUUACCGACAAGACUGUGAAACUUUUGGGAUGGUGGUGAAAAUGCUGAUUGAAAAAGAUCCUUCCCUAGAAAAGUCUAUACAGUUUGCACUGAGGCAGAAUUUACAUGAAAUAGGUGAGCGGUGUGUUGAAGAACUCAAGCAUUUCAUUGCAGAGUAUGAUACUUCUACUCAAGAGUUCGGAGAACCUUUUUAGUGCUCAGGCAAAAAAAUGUUUCUAGAUUUUUUUUCCUGGAUUGUGUGAAUCCUUAAUAUAUGGAAUUUUUGUGAUGAAGAGAAAUAUUUUGAGUUUUCAGUAUCAAGUAAACAUCUAACAUAGUCUGUUUAAAAUAUUUUAAUUAGAAUUUUUUUCUACAAGUAGGACCUCCUAAUCCAUAUUCAUCUUCCACCCCCCAAAUGAUGGUCAGUUAAUUAAGCUUUGAAGAAGCAGUCCCGGAGAGCAGUUUUUUAUACUUACUCAUGUUCCAUAAGCUCCCAAGCCUGUUAUUUGUUUGGUCACAUGAGUGUAACUUACAGGUUAGAGAUCAUUCCACUUAAACAUUAGUAGUCUUUUUACAUUUCAUAGUGAGUGAUACCAUGUGGAAAUAUUGGAAUUCUGAGUUGUGAUUUUUAUUAACUUGUUGCUUGUUUGUCUUAGGCUUCAUUAGUUUUAAUAUGCUAAACUAUACAAUUGUAAUAAUACUGAGUGCUUUGGUAUCUUAGAGGAUAUUUGCUUUGAAUGUAAUUCUCAUUCAGUGAUAAAACAGAGCACUUAAAAUCUCUGAAAGACAUCAGAAUAAAAUCUUUUUUCUUAGUAAAUGAACUUAGUAUGUCCCUUCUAUUAAAAUACUACUAAAGCUCUUAACUCUUCUGACAUCUUAGUUUCAUGUGUGAGACUAAAAGAGGGGGUAAUUUGAGUUGGAAGGUGAGGAGUAUUUUAAAGUUGAGAUUGUUUGAAAACCUUUUUGAUCAAUUGAAAAAUUUAAAACAUGUAAGCGUAUUGGAGUUUAUUUUUAUAAGCCCAUAUACUCUAUCUCAAAAGUAAUUAAUACAGUGCUUAGAAUUAAAUCAUUUACAGAUUUUUUUGUUGUUACUUUGUGAUCUUGUGAGUUCUCUGUUCUCCUGACUUUGAGAGGUACAUAGUCUUUCCUAAUGUUCUUGAAAAAACACAGCAAAAUAGGCAGUAAGGGCCAGACAUGGUGGUGCAUGCCUAUAAUCCUAGCAUUCAGGAGGCUGAAGCCAGGAGGAUUAUUGUGAGUUCGAAGUCAGCCUGGGCUACAUAAUGAGUUCAAGGCCAGUCUGAACUAUAUAGCAAGACCUUGUCUCAAAAAAACCAUAAAAAGGUGUGGAGAGCAGUAAGCCCAGCACAGUACCCCUUACCAAGCAGUCUGGGUAAGCAGUCCUUCAUGAGUGAGCCAUCAAAUCAUGGGUUAGUUAAGAAUCUAACUGGGACCAUUGGGACAGUUCAUUCAUUUCCUAGUCACUUCCAGCAUCCUACUGACACUGAGCCAAAAUAUAUAAUUUUGUGGCAUUAGUUAACAAGGAAACAUUAAAAAACAUUAGUUUGUCACUGCUACCCAGUUUCUUCUUGUCUUUCCAUUUCCACUCUUUUGGCAUUAUUUUUAGUAGCUUCUUGAUACUCUAAAGAGCUAUCCCACAGUACAGUAAGAUUAUAUUAAAAGUGGAAAUAGCAGUGUGUUUUAAUGGACCUUAUGCCUCAAAAUAUGUAUUAUGCCAUUUCGAAAAUCUAGAAACUUAAUUUAGGGCAACAUUUAAUUUUUUUAAAGUUUCCUAAGUGAGACCAUCUUGAAUUUUUAUUUUUGCCAUUGACAUGUACUUAUCUUUUAUAAAACAUAAGGCAAAUGAAAUCCCAUAUAUUAUUUCUGAUAGUCUUUCUUAUUGUGAAGGAAGACUGUAGGAAUAGUCUUUAGAACGGCUUAAGAAGGUAUCCCCGAUGUGUUUUUUCCCCUAUAAAUAGUCUAGUCCUGGAAUUCAGUUCCUUUAGUCAAGAUGUUACAAGUUUAAAAAUCUGAAAAAUUACCAGAGGAAAAAGAAUUACUCACUUUGUUAAAAUUUAUUAAAAAGUCUUGCUAAUAUAAGUUUAAAUGUAGGUUCAACUGGUAAUUUCUUCCGUUCCCUCAAAUUACAUUCAACAUGUAUAGCUGUUUAUAGCUUGCCUUCAGCAUUAUUCUGCUAGGCCGGUCAGUGUUAAAUCUUUUUUUUCUUAAUGUAUUUGAAAGCCUGAUCUUAGGUAAAUUCAGAUGUGUACCAGAGUGUGUAUUUUGCAAAAUGUUCUUGACUGAAGAGAUUUAUUUGUAAAUUAUCUGUUGUUUUUGCAUAUACCCAGUUGAUGUGAUAAAACUGUCUUUCUAUAAAACCUUGAUGAUCAACUGGGGAAGCAGAUAUUGUAAAGCUUUUUAUGUAUUUUGAAAGUGCAAAAUAAAGCAACCAAGUUUAAAUAGA